CGGCGCCGGGCGCGCUGCAGCGGCCGCCCCGCACCGCCGGCGCGGCUCCCGCGGCCGCCCCGCGCCCAUCAUGGCUGCGAGCGCCGGGCCCCGAGCCCCCCGGCCCCUUCUCCUCCUCCUUCUCCUGGGCGGCUGCGGGGCCAGCCUGCCCCCGGAGCCGCCUCCACCCCCGCCGCCGAGCCCCGAGCCGCAGCCCCUGCCCGAGUCGGCUCUGCUGCAGCCCACCGUGCUACUGGCCAUCAUCGCCCGCAACGCCGCGCACACGCUGCCCCAUUUCCUCGGCUGCAUCGAGCGGCUGCGCUACCCCAUGAGCAGGAUCGCCCUCUGGGUGGCCACUGACCACAAUGUUGACAACACCACAGCAAUCCUUAGAGAGUGGCUGAAGAACGUGCAGAACCUCUACCACGAUGUGGAGUGGAGACCGAUGGAAGAGCCCCAGUCUUACCCAGAAGAAUUUGGGCCAAAACAUUGGCCAAGCUCCCGAUUCACUCACGUGAUGAAACUCCGACAGGCAGCCCUGCGUGCUGCACGAGAGAAGUGGUCAGACUACAUCCUGUUUAUUGAUACAGAUAACUUACUGACCAACCCAGAAACCCUGAACCUGUUGAUAGCAGAAAACAAGACCUUGGUGGCGCCAAUGCUCGAGUCUCGCUCUCUCUACUCAAAUUUCUGGUGUGGCAUCACCCCCCAGGGCUAUUACAAAAGGACCCUGGAUUACCCCCUGAUCCGGGAAUGGAAGAGGACAGGCUGUUUUGCUGUCCCGAUGAUUCAUUCCACCUUCCUCAUCGAUUUGAGGAAAGAGGCCUCCACCAAGCUGACGUUCUACCCCCCGCAUCAGGACUACACCUGGAGCUUUGACGAUAUCAUGGUCUUUGCCUUCUCCAGUCGCCAAGCAGGGAUACAGAUGUUCAUCUGCAACCGUGAACACUAUGGUUUCCUUCCCAUGCCCCUGAAAUCGCACCAGACGCUGCAAGAAGAAACUGAGAACUUUGUGCACACCCUUAUCGAGGCGAUGAUUGAUCGUCCUCCUGUUGAACCCUCGCAGUUUGUCUCUGUUCCGCCAAAGCACCCUGACAAGAUGGGAUUUGAUGAAAUUUUCAUGAUCAACCUGAAGCGCCGGAAGGACAGGCGGGAUCGGAUGCUGCGGACUCUCUAUGAGCAGGAGAUUGCGGUCAAGAUAGUAGAGGCCGUGGAUGGGAAAGCGCUGAACACGAGUCAGCUCAAAGCUCUCAGCAUCGACAUGCUGCCGGGUUACCGGGACCCGUACUCCUCGCGGCCCCUCACCCGGGGAGAGAUCGGCUGCUUCCUCAGCCACUACUACAUCUGGGAGGAGGUGGUGAACAGAGAACUGGAGAAGACGCUUGUUAUUGAGGACGAUGUCCGCUUUGAGCACCAGUUCAAGAGGAAGCUCAUGAAGCUGAUGGAUGACAUUGAACAAGCCCAGCUAGACUGGGAGCUGAUCUACAUUGGCCGGAAAAGGAUGCAGGUGCAGGAGCCUGAGAAAGCGGUUCCCAACGUCAUGAACCUGGUGGAAGCCGAUUACUCGUACUGGACCCUGGGCUACGCGAUCUCCUUCCAGGGGGCUCAGAAGCUCAUUGGAGCGGAGCCUUUCGGCAAGAUGUUGCCGGUGGAUGAAUUUCUGCCAGUCAUGUACAACAAGCACCCGGUAGCAAAGUACAUGGAGUACUACGAGUCCAGAGACUUGAAAGCCUUUUCAGCAGAACCCCUGCUCGUCUACCCCACGCACUACACGGGGCAGCCCGGCUACCUUAGCGACACGGAGACCUCCACCAUCUGGGACAACGAGACCGUGUCGACAGACUGGGACAGAACGCACUCCUGGAAAUCCCGGCAGCAGGGCACGAUCCACAGCGACGCCCAGAACAAGGACGCUCUGCCCUCGCAGUCGUCUCUGGACGCGCCGUCCUCCAGGGAUGAGCUAUGACUGCCCGCGGCUCUGCCGGCGGCUGAACCUGCCUCACGCUUCGGCUUUUCACCCUUGGCAGCGGUAGAGCAGCUCUGCGCGUGGUCUCCAUCCCAAGAGCUUGGACCUGAUGUGACAACCGACCGAGACGCUCAGGACAAGGCGGGACAUGAAGGAGGAAACAGAACGAGUGAUGCAGACUGGCGGAAAAAAGAAGCAGAGAUCUGAACAAAAGCCCCCGCAAGCUUUUGUAAAAGAAAAACCAAACCUUGAAUGACGUCUUUCUACAGUUCCUUGUGUAGAAUACUGUAUUUAUAAAGAUUAAUAUAUAGAGGUGUACAAGUGUUCAUACCUUUCUGGAUAGCUGUAACUAGGCUGUUGUGUAACUGUUAGUCCUCAUAGGUUCGUAGGCUUUUUAUAACCCUAUUCGCUGAGAGAAACUGCGCGCGAAUGUUUGGGUAUUUGGGUUUGUUUUUUCAAAGGGAAUCAAAAUGGUUUCCAAAACCAUCCAGCUCAGUGGAGCAGCGCUCCUCUGCAGGGUCAUCUCCUUCAUCGCACGGUGAUAGAAAACUAUCGCUGGCUUCCCCUCUGCAAAUCACAAAACUUGCCAGGUCUGAGCGGGCCUCCCAGUCCGGAGCUGCCGUCUUGGCGUGCCUGAAAUCCUGGGAGCUGGCAGAAGAGGUGGAGGUUGCCAAAGGGAAGAGCUAGUCCAUGUCAUGUCCUGCUUCACCCUCUGUGCCUCCACUUAUUCCUUCAGGAAAACAAAGCCUGACAGCCUGUUUGCAGGCCUGCUUAAUUAGGCCGUAAAACCAAGUGUUAGGACUUCUAGGGACUUGAAAAUGUUUGGUUACGAACUGCUUGACAUUAUCCUUAUCAAACCAAAGCAACUUACCGAGAUGUUGGUGUUGUCAGCCGUACUGUCCUCGACAGCCUCAAUAGAAUUAUUGCGCAUUACGGGACGGAAAGGCAACUUGUCUGGAUAUUUUUUCACGUGAGGAGCAAACUUGUCUCUUUUUUUGGAUGGGUUCUGAUGUACUUGCUGCAGAGUAUGGUGUUUAUUUUUAAAAGAAAACGAUUCUCAGAGGGCAGGUGUUGCUGGCCCGCACUGCUGGGGUUGGCUGGGACGUUCUCCUGCGCUUCCCACCUAGAGACUCACCUGCUGGAGAUCUGCACGGUUGGGUGUGUGUGCCUGGGCUUUCAUUUGUGUUUGUUUGUUAAUAAUUCCUGACGGAUGUUGUGCUUUCUGCUCAAGAAGACGUGUUCUUACCUGUCAGCCGGUCUGAUAAUACAUAGAACCUGGUGCAA